ACCACAGUAGUUUCGGUUUCAAAGUCACCCGUUUCUUGGUCGUCAUUUCGGAGGUUGGUUUUACAACUUUUUCGCGAAAAUGACCUACUGGAGACAAGCCGGAAUCACGUACUUGCGAUUUUCGUCAAUUGCUUCAGAGGCGGUAAAGGCGUGCAUUAAGAAAGAUGCGAAGGCCGCAAUGGUUUUCCCAUCGACAAUCAAAAAGACAAACUGGAAAGAUGGGAAACCCAUUCGCGUGCCCAAACCUGGUAAGGUGCCGUUCAGCGACCUCAUACGUUCAUUUGUAUACAUUCCAACACAUUGCAGACACACGCAUUCGACACUGACCCGAUGGAAUUCAUAUUUGGAAAACUAUCUAUGAAGCCCAACACAUUAACAUUCUUUUUACAAAUAAAAAUCGUUCCCAUUUUUUCCAACUACUCGAAAGUCUAAUGAAUCGUAGAGUGUUCACAGCCUCGAAAUAGAGGGUGUGCUUUCUUAGGCUUUUUAGUUCUGUUUGGUUUCGGUACGCACUUACUUUUCAGGGCAUGCGCCAGGCCCAUAUUGAUAUCACGACUAUAUUCGCGAUUCCUCAAAUACUCACUUCUCUUCAUUGAACUAGUUUCUUCAGCACUUUUACGACACACAUAUGGUUCUAUUUAUUUGUUACAAACGUAUAUAUAAAUAGAGUGUGAUCUAUCUGUGUUCCUUUUCAUAUUUUAUUUGUUUGAAUUUUGAUUUUGAAAUUUAAAGUGUCAGUUCUAUCUAUCAUUUUCGUUCGAUAUAAUCUUUGUUCACUUCGAUUACAAAUUCAACUUGUGAGCUAAAUCUAUCUUAGGUUUGUUUUAGGGCUUCCCUUAGAAUCAUACGAACACCUCCUUGGUAGCACAAGUGAGCGAGUUGACCUUGUGAUCUUAAGGCUUGUUAGACUUACCAUCAGUAACGUUUUAUACACAGUAAUCUAGCGGGUUCAAAAUUAGUGUGUGGGGCCGCCAUAUGCGCUUUUUCCAAACUCAAACCCUUUGGUAGUCAAUCCUGUAUUAACUGGCUAGUAUUUCGCGAGAUAUUAUAUUUCUGGGUGGAGUAUAGCUUUCCUUCAGGGACUUCAUUUGUGCACGAUCGUAGAAGGGGAGCAUAUACAUAAACUUGGAACUUAGUGAAAUAGACAGAUUCAAUUUUCCCGGAAAAUCACAGUUGCCUGGUCUCACUGGACAUUACACUUAGAACAUAAACAUAAAUCGAAAAAAAAUUCUCUCCGGGAUCUUGAGUCUCAGAAGUUUCAGCGGCCUCAAAGGAUAUCUGUUUGACUUGUAUGACAAAUUGCGUAUACCUGGGGCCUUUGCGAACAAUCCAUAAUAUGGUAGCCACAAUCCAUAAUAUGGUAGCCAUACCCACAUAUGAUUCCUUGGCUAGCCGUUUUACCAAGACAGAAGAAUUAUCAGAUUAUACUUUGUAAAGGUAUCGAUUAACUCUGUAAUUUUCGCUCUUUGUCUGUUGAGGACUACGUUGUGCUACGGUAGAAUAUAAUUCUGCUUGCUACGCAGAUCUAUAGUUGCGAUGCCGUACAUUGUUUGUGAAGUAACCAAAAAAGGCUGUUAUCUUAGUAGUGUUUUGUUCAACGUGAAAAUCCUGGAUAAUAAGCUAAUUCUUUUUUAUGUAAAAAAAAACCACGAAGAAGAGUGCCUUAUCAUCAUAAUUUGAAAAGUAGUUAUUAUCCGGUUUCUUCGUUUGCAAGAAGCUUCCCUGCUUUUUUACGAAAUCGAAAAUCCACAUUCUUGCUAAUUUUUAUUCGGGUUCCAGAAAUUAGUGACCGUUUUCUAGAAACGAGUAUCUGUCGAUUGGAUUGUCCAGACAAGGUUCAAUAAUCGAAAUGAGUGGAGGCUAUAUUAAAUAAACAUAUCGUAAGGCAUGACACUUAGCAUACGCAAAAAGAAUUAUUUGAAACUUUUUCCUCU